GAUUUUUGUUGUUGACUGAUAAAAAAGGAGAUAUAAACUCGCUGUCUCCAGCAGCAAAAAAAAAACAUUUCAGCAGCAAUUUGUUUGUACUUAGUAGUUCGCGUCUUGGCGAUUUGAUCUCUUCCGAAUCAUACAGCGCGAUUACCCUUGGUUGCUUCCUUUUUAGGGAACAAGGCAUCGAGAUAAUCCUUGGCUGCACAGCUUUACGUCUUGGCAUUUGACGACAUCGCUUUCGACUACUACCCUUACCAUACCUUGCCUCACCUCACCUCACGGCCUGCAACCUAGCCUACCUUACCUACUGACCCGCGCAUCUUUUCUGGGUCGUGCCCAUAUCUCGUACAUAAGGCUGUUCUCUUCACCCUAUCUUCUACAUACCACUCUUUUUCUCGACAUCCUCCACUCGACAAAAUGGCCGACGCAGCAGAGUGCAAUGGCGAGGCCGUCGAUCUUGGCCGCAGAGGUCUCCGAAUCGGCGCAAUUUUCAUCAUUAUGGCUUCCUCGCUCAUUGGCGCAAUCUUGCCCAUUUUCCUGGCGCGCCAGAAGACCAUCCCCGUACCCAAGUUCACCUUUUUCAUUUGCAAGUUUGUCGGCACCGGUGUUAUUAUAGCGACAGCUUUUAUGCAUCUUCUGGUCCCGGCCGUCGAGAACUUGGGCGACGAAUGCCUCGCGGAUCGCCUAGGUGGCUACGACUGGGCCGAGGCCAUCGCCCUCAUGACCGUCAUUGUCAUGUUCUUUGUCGAAAUGCUCGCCGCUCGUCUCAGCAACGCCGAUAUGGAGCACAACCACUCCGACGAGUUCGACCCCGCCAUGGAAGUCAUUGCCAAGAAGCAACCCAGCACCGACAUCGAGACAGGAGACCGUAGGGCAUCCGGCUACGCCCCUGGAGGCGAUGAGCAUCUUGCCCAUGGCCGCGAGCACAAGGAGGGCGAUGCGCAGGGUGGACUUGCUGGCCAGCUUCUUGCCAUCUUCAUUCUUGAGUUCGGAGUCGUGUUUCACAGCAUCUUUAUCGGUCUCACUCUCGGUACCAUUGCCUCUGAUGAGCUUACGGUUCUUCUGAUAGUCCUUGUCUUUCACCAGAUGUUUGAGGGUCUCGGUCUUGGUUCGCGUCUGGCUGUUGCUCCUUGGCCCAGUAACCGACAGUGGAUGCCGUACCUGCUCGGGCUCAUCUUCGCUCUGUCGACUCCCAUUGGCAUUGCUGCUGGUAUAGGAGCCAAGCCUAAUAAUGCCAGCGACCAGAAGCUUAUCAACGGAAUUUUCGACGCCAUCAGUGCUGGUAUUCUCAUGUACACUGGUCUGGUUGAGCUCCUCGCCCACGAGUUCAUGUUCAACCCUUACAUGCGCAAGGCUCCAAUCAAAAUCCUGUUGCUGGCAUUUGCUUGCGUCUCAUUUGGUGUUGCUGUUAUGGCUAUUCUCGCCAAAUGGGCAUAAAGUAAUCAGAGUGGAAGAUAAUGUGGUGAAAAUGGUCUUUUCUCAUGUGGAGUUGGAUCGGAACAUGAUGGUCUUUUUUUCGCAUUACGCUAGACGAAUAGAAUUGAUACCUGGACUGUUUAUGGUUGUUGUUACCGUUAAUAAAAGCCUUUUUCUCUCUC